UCUCAAGCCUGACACAUCUGGAGUCUCUUCUACCCCGCAAGAAACUUUUUGCGCGUUCAUUCCGCGCACAACCACAAAGCCCUUUUACGCUACAACCGGAGCGCUUUGUUUCGGAGUCUUUUGCGCGUUUUUUUUUUUUUACUCACCAGAGAAGACUACUCGCUCUUUUGUGGCGGGGGAGUGUAAGUUAAGUUAGUUCUACGCGUGGAAGUGGUCGUGGCUGGACGUGAUGAGUGCAGAUGACGCGAGUGGCGCGCCCCCUACUUCCACUUUGACGGUUGCCAGGCAAAGUGACGCUCGCCUCAAGGCAAAUUGACGCGUAAAAGUUGCAUUUUUGUUUAAAAAGAGUAACAUACAUCUGUACUAUAGUGUGGGCCCAUGCUGCUUCUGUCCACCAUCACCAUGGAUGGUGACAUGGGGAGCAACCUUGUCAGCUGAGCGACACCCCUACUUUGUUUUGUUGCAUUUCAUUUUAACCAAGCGUUUUUUGGGAAGUGGCGUUUGGACUAAAUGGUUCCGUACUGAAGUGUUUAAGUCUGAGGGGGGAUUUUUAUUUAUUUAUUUAUUUAAAAAAAACCUAAAAAUAAAGCGUCGGUUUCUUCCCUACAAAGAAUCAUUUGAACCCGCCACCGCAGAGCCAGAGCGACAUAAAUAGUACUGACAUGUGGAUGUAAUUUCACAGGAGGUAAGGGGAGGGACGGCUGCAAAGGGAGCAUAUAGAUUAUACGAAAUUAAAGCCCGGUUGCUGGAUUAUAGAGUUAUCAUUUCGCUAGCAUAAGCACCAAGAAGCCAGACGGAGUGAAAAAAAUAUCUCGUUCUGCUUUGAAGAGAGUUAAGUCGAUUAAAUAAUUCAAAUCUGAGCAUCAUCAGCAUCUUUUGGAGCCCUGCGAGGACUUGAGAGGGGGAAGUGACUGCAGCAGGUCAUCAGUGAUGGGAUCCACUGUGCUCAUGCUGCGCAAUCUGGAUUUGCUUCUCAUCUCACUGCUCUGCACUUUCUGCCUGGCACAUGCAGACGAUGUUCUCACUAAAGAGGAGCAGAUAGCGCUGCUGUUCAAAGCCAAGCGCAAGUGUGAAAGCCUCAUCAAGUCGAGGCACAAAGUUCCCGGUGGCCACUGUGCACCAGAAUGGGAUGGCAUUGUGUGCUGGCCUGAGGGGGCUUCAGGAAAGCUGGUGUCCACCGCAUGCCCAGAGUACAUCUAUGACUUCAAUCAUAGAGGACGAGCUUACCGCCGCUGUGACAGCAACGGAACAUGGGAGCUCUCCACGGCCAACAACAAGACAUGGGCCAAUUACAGUGAAUGUGCAAGGUUCCUUUCCCAUUACAACCAGAACCACGAGAAGGAUGUCUUCCACCGCUUGUACCUCAUCUACACCGUGGGUUACUCCAUCUCCCUGGGAUCGCUCAUGGUGGCAGUGGUCAUCUUGGGAUAUUUCCGACGAUUGCACUGCACCAGGAACUACAUCCACAUGCAUCUUUUCGUGUCCUACAUGCUGAGAGCUGUAAGCAUCUUCGUGAAGGACGUGGUGCUGUAUUCGGGAUCUGCCUUGGAGGUGGAGGAGCGUGUCACAGUGGAAGAUCUCAAGUCCAUCACUGAGGCUCCCCCGUCCAACAAAGCCCACUUUAUUGGCUGCAAGGCAGCUGUAACCUUGUUCAUGUACUUCCUGGCCACCAACUACUACUGGAUCCUGGUGGAGGGUCUGUACCUGCACAGCCUGAUCUUCAUGACCUUCUUCUCGGACCGAAAGUACCUGUGGGGCUUCACUCUGAUCGGAUGGGGCGUCCCGGCUAUGUUUGUGAGCGUCUGGGCGACAGUGAGGGCCACAUUUGCAGACACAGAGUGUUGGGAUUUAAGUGCAGGCAAUUUGAAAUGGAUAUAUCAGGUGCCUAUUCUGGCAGCUGUUGUGGUCAAUUUUAUCUUAUUUCUGAACAUCAUUAGAGUCUUGGCAACCAAACUUCGAGAGACAAAUGCUGGAAGGUGCGACACAAGACAGCAGUACAGAAAGCUGCUGAAGUCCACGUUGGUGCUGAUGCCGUUGUUUGGUGUGCACUACAUCAUAUUCAAUGCCAUGCCAUACACAGAAGUUUCUGGAAUCCCUUGGCAAAUCCAGAUGCACUAUGAGAUGCUCUUCAACUCCUUCCAGGGCUUCCUUGUGGCAAUUAUAUACUGUUUUUGCAACGGGGAGGUUCAAGCUGAAAUCAAGAAGUCAUGGAGCAGGCGGACUCUGGCGUUGGACUUCAAGAGGAAGGCACGCAGCGGCAGCAACACGUACAGCUAUGGGCCCAUGGUGUCGCACACCAGCGUCACCAAUGUUACCGCCAGGGGUCCGCAUGCCCUUCAUCUCACCACCCGGCUGGGGCCGACACCCGUCAACGGACACCGCAACCUGCCGGGCUAUGUCAAGAACGGCUCAGUUUCCGAGAACUCUGCACCCUCGUCAGGCCAGCAAGAGCUCCACGCUGCUGAGGAGCAGCAGGCCUCUGCGCCUUUACCGCCCAGCGAGGAGGAGAAGAAGCCGUUGCCUGUGGUGGUGGUGGAGGAGGAGAGGGAGACGGUCAUGUGACCUCGCAGUGGGGACCACCCUCAUUACAGUGAAUGUCUAACAGUCUGAAAACAGGCUGGCAUUUCUUUUUUACUUUCUUUACGUCCACUGCCAUCAUUUUUUGUGAUCCAUUUGUGCAGACUGAAGUUGCCAGGUAACAGCCUUACUUGUGAAGAUUGAUUUCAAAAUUUAGGAGAAAAAUCAGUGUUAAAGGGGAAGACACUCAGGUAAUUGAAGUCCCUCAGAUUGUUUUUCUACUUUUAUUAUGAAGGAGCAUUUGUCCACAGUGAACAUUUCUGUCAAACAUGAGUCCUCUCUAAGUACGACUGAAUGUGUCAAGUAUCACCCCCAAUAACAUUUCACCUUUUGUUUGGCAACUUUUUAACACUGAGCAAGGUCUCCAAAUACCCUUGGAAUUCCUAGUGGCGGCGCUCAUGUUGCAAGUGGACAAUAACACACUUGUAGAAAUAAAAUCCAGUGCUAUAUAUGCUGCUUACUGAUGUACAUACAAGUCACAAUGUUUACAAAGACUUUCUAAUUGUGAGCUAAUGUCAUCGUCUUUUUGCCAAAAUGAGUUUUUUUUGUGUAUAUAGUUUUUGUUUUAUGUGACCACAUCGGUGAUAUUUACAAACGAGCAUUUUGACAUUCCGUGUGAGAUCUUAAAAGCUGCCGCCGCACUAAAGGCUUGGUUUUAUUACAGAGGAACCCAAAGAGAAUAGUAAGUUCAAUAAGUUCUUCUGUUUACAUGGACCAAUUCAGCAAUUAAAUGUUAUACAGGUCGUCAGUGUGUUGGUAUUAUGAAGACAGAACUGGACAUCGCAGCUGUCUUUCAUGGAGUCAUGGUUUUUGGGCCACACAACUGCCCAGCUUUUUGGGCUAGUUAGCAUCGCAAUUCUAAAUAGCAUGUUUUAGCCCGCCAGGAACUGGAGUACAACAUAACCUUCCGACAUUUCCAUACGGACCAAGUCAACAGACGGACAGACCCCAAAUCCCUUUGUCCGCAUGAUUUUGGAGAAUUUUGUACAAAAAAGUACUGUGAUUACAGUGGAACCUCGAAUUUUCAACUUAAAUGCGCUGUCCCUCUUCAGCUCCAAACUACCCUUUUUUUCAACCAAAAAAUGAGAACCCCCCCCGCCAGCUAGCAUAUGUUACCAAUAGUGGUUUAAAAGAACACACUUCAACAAAUAAAUGUCUAAAUGUUGUUCAGCCGGAAUAAAAUGAUUAGCAUUCCUGGCUUUCACUCGCCGCUGUCUCGUGCACCCGUGCAUGUCCGUGACGCUUGUCUCGGAGAAGCGGCUGACAAUUUGGAGUCAUUGUGUGUUCGUGAUAAGCUAUACAUCGCUGACAUUAGUAGCUAAACUUUGCCAAAUCGCUAUCAUGAGCUGACAACAAACAUGAGCCAUGGCUUGCGAUGUUGGAAAAGCACAUUCAAAAAUUAGCAACCCCCCGUGCAGUACGGCCGGCAGCACUUUUAAUUAGGUUGGUUGACAUCAGAUUUGUUUGGAUUAAGAAUCAAUUUUUAGAAUUCGAAAUAAUAUAUAGUGAAUGGAAAUUCUGCUAAACUUUAGGAGAGUAGUUGGGUAUUUUUCUGAAAAUUGUUUGGACUUCAAAAAGUUCCACUUAAUAUUUUCCCAAUAACUUGUCAGACUCUGAGAUGUACAAAUUUAGAGACCUUUCAAUUUGGAAGUCUUUUGUCCAAGGCACUCUAGGGGCAUUUGAAUUUGGAGGCCUAUUUUUCACUGAACUGCAAAGUUCAACUUCAGAAUCAUAAGUUUCUCAAAUAUGUAGUUGUACUCCGAAAUGCACAACCUUAGGAGGUGAAUUGGAGGUCUAUUUUCCCCACAAAUUUUAGUUGAACUCAGAAAUGUAUUGCCUUAGAGUCCAUGGACUUUUUUCCAACAAAAUUUGGUUGAACUUCAGAAUGUUCCACUUCACAAUAUUUUUUUCUUCCCCAAAAUUUAAUCCAAAAUGUACAAACUCAGAGGCGAUCCACUCCAGAAACAUAGUUUUCCCCAAAAUGUGGUUGAACUCAGAAAUGUGUAACUUUAGAGGUUCCACUGUAGUAGAAAACGGACUUAUUUCAUUUGUUGGAUUAAUUGUUUUACUGUCUUAUGAUUUCACUCUGUGGCAAAAGUCACAUUUUAUGAAAUGCAGUCCUACAUUUUUAAUACAAUUUCCUGCUAAAUUCGGUUAAGAACAUUUGGAAAGUUAUUUUAUCUUUUUAAAGCUCAAAAUGAUUGCAUUUCUUGGCCAUUUUUACUUUUGAUAUCAUAAAGCGAGCUGUUGUUGAAUUGGGUCAUCUGAGGCAAAGUCAUCUUGCUGGACAUCUUUAAUGAAGAGUGCAGUACCACAGCAUGGAUGUCUAUUGUUACUACACAAGCACUUUAUCAUCAGUAUUAUUCUUCUCCAUCUAAUCCAGUAUUCUCUUCUGAUUAUAUCAAAUGAUUGUGGUUUUUCCCGGUUGAUAGAUCAUAGAGCUAAAGGUCAAAGUGUAUUUUUAAUAAUACCUCUCAUGGAAGUAUAGAAGAGUUGUCUUAUUAUGUGUUUUAUUAUCCCGUUGCCACGGAGACGUGGGGCCCAGUGUACAUAUGAGUGUGUUUAAUGUUGCAGCGUGACAAUAAAAGGUGUUUGGUGUAAGAUGCUUUCCUGAGACAUGAAUUUGGGUAAAAAGAAUAUUCUAUACAAAAACAGGAAGUAGUGUAUCCAUGAGUUCACUUUGGAGCUUUCUUAGCU